AAAAAAAAUCUAUCAAUCCUCGGGUGGAGAUUUUUCCCAACCCCCCUUCCUCCACAAGGCAACUGUUUGCCCGGGACACGUUCGUGAACCUCCUCAAAUUGGCGCACUAAUCCUAAAAGGAGCCAUGAAGUGUUAAAUGGUAGAAACAGAGAGAGCGGCGCUCAGACACCCGCACGCUGGGAGAGAGGGAGGAAACAGCGCAGCUCCAAUGCGUCUGUGCGGCACAGACUGAGGGAAAAAAAAAACUUAUCGACGCGCAAAACCAAAACCUGCGCUGCGCAAUUAGUGCGAGAAAACCCACUUUUCCUUCGGUUCUGAAGAAAAUAAAUAAAGAAAUCAAGCUGGCUCAGUGCGUGUCUCAGCAGCCCACUUUGACAGGUGCUCCUCACCCCCUUUGGAGGACUGUCAACAGCAAGAGGAUGGCAUCAGAACUGGCAAUGAGCAACUCCGACCUGCCCACCAGUCCCCUGGCCAUGGAAUAUGUUAAUGACUUCGAUCUGAUGAAGUUUGAAGUGAAAAAGGAGCCGGUGGAGCCCGAUCGCAGCAUCAGCCAGUGCAGCCGCCUGGUCGCCGGGGGAUCCCUAUCUUCCACCCCGAUGAGCACGCCUUGCAGCUCGGUUCCCCCCUCUCCAAGCUUCUCGGCGCCCAGUCCGGGAUCAGGGAGCGAACAGAAGGCGCACUUGGAGGAUUUCUACUGGAUGACCGGGUACCAACAGCAGUUGAACCCCGAGGCUCUGGGCUUUAGCCCGGAGGACGCCGUAGAGGCGCUGAUCAGCAGCAAUCACCAGCUCCAGACCUUCGAUGGCUAUGCCAGGGGGCAGCAGUUCGGCGGCUCGGCCGGGGCAGGAGGCGCCAUGGCCGGGGAAGAGAUGGGAUCAGCGGCCGCCGUGGUGUCCGCGGUCAUCGCUGCAGCCGCAGCUCAGAACGGGGCUCCACACCUCCAUCACCACCAUCACCACCACCACCACUCAGGGGCUCACCACCCGUCCUCCGGAUCGCAGUCCAGCGGCUCGGGGGGAAACCACCAGCACAUGCGCAUGGAGGAUCGGUUCUCGGACGAGCAGCUGGUGACCAUGUCGGUGCGGGAAUUGAACCGGCAGCUCCGGGGGGUCAGCAAGGAAGAGGUGAUCCGUCUGAAACAGAAGCGGCGGACAUUAAAGAACAGGGGCUAUGCCCAGUCCUGCCGGUACAAGCGGGUCCAGCAGCGGCACGUCUUGGAGGGGGAGAAGACGCAGCUCGUCCAGCAGGUGGACCACCUCAAGCAGGAGAUCUCCCGGCUGGCCAGGGAGAGGGACGCCUACAAGGAGAAAUACGAGAAGCUCAUCAGCACCGGCUUCAGAGAAAACGGAGGAUCCGCCAGCGACCACAACCCGUCGUCCCCGGAGUUUUUCAUGACGUCAAGAAAAUUCCUCCAUCUGUGAUAGAGAGCUGUGAUCUCUGCCCCCUCACCCUCUAGUCUGAGAUAUGACACUGGAACGCUGAUGUUUCAAGAGCAACCUACGGCAUCCCGACUGCCAUAAAGCACAAGGUCUCUAAAGCGUCCAAACAGAGAAACAAACCCAAGGCCAGAGUUCAACAUUAAUAC